AUAACUCACUUAUAAUAAAUUAAUAAUGUAUUUUUUGUAAUUUUCCAUUUCUUGGUUCUAUUAACAUUGAUUGAAAGCAUUAAAUUCUUAUUUAUGUAAAACAGGAGAUUCUCGUGCCUUGAGAUAUUCGUAGGACCACAAACUCUCACACUGACACAGAGACAAGAGCAAUAAGCUGAAUAAGUAACCGUUUCAGAACUCAGAAUCGACCGUUGCGAUUGCUUUGCAUCAUUCAAAUCUCACUUCUCUCCAUGCUUAACUCUUGUUGACUAAGGCCGUGUUUGGAUUACACCAUCUACAAAUAAUCGAUUCCCGAAAAUGCCGGUUUCAACGCGAUCUAAAAUCAGUACAGAAAAUGAUCGAAAUCCAACAAUGGAGCAGCAACAGCGACUCAGAAACCCUCACCAUGGCCUCAAAGAGAAACUCAAAACCCUCACUCUGUUAUACGAGCAGCAAAAGCUAGCUUCCAAGUCUCUCAGAAACAGCAACACUGCUAUGCGAGAGAGAAACUCGAUCGCAAACCCUAGCUCAACGAUUACGAAAACGUUCGUUUUACCUCAACCACCUUCUUCCACAAUCAACAACAGUGCCGAUGAUGAUGCGAAAGAAAAUCAGAAUAUCAUUGUUGGACAAGAUCGAAUCGUUGGAUUUUCGUAUCCAAGAAAGGUAAAUGCAGCAGCUCCAGCAGCUCCGGUUUCGGUUUCGAGUUCUGCCGCUGUUGCUCGGAGACUUUCGAUGCCGGCGAAAGGGAAAGAGGAGGAGUUAGGGAAAUGUGUGAGUAGGAUUUUGGUGUUUGUUAGGGUUAGGCCAAUGAACAAGAAGGAGAUUGAAUUGAGUUCGAGGUGCUGUGUGAGAAUCGUUAAUCAGCGCGAUGUUUAUCUUACUGAGUCUGCGAAUGAGAAGGAUUAUCUCAGGCUCAAUAGGGUUAAGGGGCGUCAUUUUAGCUUUGAUGGUUCUUUUACUGAUUCAGCUACUCAGCUACAAGUGUAUUCAACGACAACUUCGGAACUUGUGGAAGCUGUUCUGCAGGGGAGAAAUGGAUCAGUUUUCUGCUAUGGUGCUACGGGAGCUGGAAAAACAUAUACAAUGCUGGGCACUGUGGAGAAUCCAGGAGUGAUGGUUUUGGCUAUUAAGGAUCUAUUCAGUAAAAUCAGGCAAAGAAGUUGUGAUGGAAGUCAUGUGGUUCAUCUCUCCUAUCUUGAGGUUUACAAUGAAACGGUCAGGGAUUUGCUUUGCCCUGGAAGACCUUUAGUCCUUAGAGAAGAUAAACAGGGGAUUAUGGCGGCAGGUCUUACACAAUAUAGAGCUUCUUCCGCAGACGAGGUGAUGGUAUUGCUACAACAAGGAAAUCGAAACCGAACCACAGAACCAACUCGUGCAAAUGAAACAUCUUCACGUUCCCAUGCAAUUUUGCAGGUUGUGGUUGAAUACCGAGUUAGAGAUGCCACAACAACGAAUAUUGUUAAUCGAGUAGGCAAGCUCUCAUUAAUUGAUCUUGCAGGGUCAGAAAGAGCUCUUGCCACUGAUCAAAGAACACUAAGAUCUCUUGAGGGUGCCAACAUAAACCGCUCUCUUCUCGCACUCAGCAGCUGCAUCAAUGCUCUUGUAGAGGGAAAGAAACACAUACCGUAUCGAAAUUCCAAACUCACUCAACUUCUCAAGGAUUCAUUAGGAGGAAUUUGCAACACUGUCAUGAUUGCAAACAUUAGCCCGAGUAGCCUCUCAUUUGGUGAAACUCAAAACACCGUUCACUGGGCCGAUAGAGCCAAAGAGAUUCGGCUAAAGGUAUGCGAAACCAUCGAGGAUCAAUUGCCAAUACAUGAGACAGACACUGACCAGGCCAAACUGAUAUAUGAGCUUCAAAAGGAGAAUCAUGAAAUAAGAAUGCAGCUAGCACAGCAACAACAAAAGCUCUCAACUCUAGAAGCACAGUCCUUAGCUUCACAUUCCUCUACCCCACCACCACCUUCUAAUGCAAUUCUUUCCACUCCUCCAACUUCGGCUCAACCAAGUGAAAGACGAAGGACUAGAUCCUCUUUCUUGGCUGGAACUUGUUUCACUCCGGAAACCAAGAAGAAAGGAGUUGAGCUAGCUGUGAAGACACUACAACGGACAGUGAAAGCACUAGAGGCUGAGAUAGAGAGAAUGAAGAAAGAUCAUGCCUUGCAGCUAAAGCAGAAAGAAGAUCUCAUCCGCGAGCUUUCUCAAAAGUGUGAAAAACAAGUAUUAACAACAAGAGAAGUAGGGAAGAGAGUGGUAACUAGGGCUGCUAGCCUACCGGUAAAGGAGCCAAACAAUGGUGAAUUGAAGAGUCAUCGUCUUCGAUCACCAGCUCCAACUGCGAAGAAGCGAAGCUUUUGGGACAUAACCACAAAUAAUAGCCCAUCAGUUACUGCAUCAAAUGGGAGAAAAACUAGAAGUCAUGUUCUUUCAGAACCCAUGGCACCUCCUCGAUCCAUGCUUCUCCAGCCUGGUUUUGCUCGUCAAAAAGCCCAAUAGUUUUCGAGUGAUAUAUGGAGUAAAAAAGGAAAUUGCUUGAGUACAGGAUAGAGAAUUAUUGCACACUUGAUAAAGCGCUCCUCCUUUGUGGCCAGCUUUUAUGACUCUGCCCAAAGGAUCAUGAUGCAGUCGGAUGCAAACCCGGUCCUUCUUCACUUGUCACCACUUUCGUAUGAGGUCAAGAUCUUCUCCAUUUUUCAAAUAAUGGAAGGCUAUAUGAGAGGUGGAAAGAAAGAUGAGAUUGGACGAAAACUAAAAAAAAAUUGUAUAUGUUGAUUUUAACGACAAAGAUAUUGUUAUUGACAACAGGAAACCGGAUACCAUGAAUACGUAAAUCUGUGAAUGCUUUGAUAUGUAUAACCCUCUGAAUCUGGUCUCCUCCUAAAUUGAACCUGGGAUUGGCUUAAAUUACCUUGCACUCCUAGUUAUGCACUUCACAUAAGAGAGAUGAUUUGAAUCUCUGACUGUUUUGGUCUCCUCCUAAAUUGAACCAGGGAUUGGCUUAAAUUACCUUGCACUCCUGGUUAUGCACUUCACAUAAGAGAGAUGAUUUGAAUCUUUGACUGUUUUGGUCUCCUCCUAAAUUGAACCAGGGAUUGGCUUAAAUUACCUUGCACUCCUAGUUAUGCACUUCACAUAAGAGAGAUGAUUUGAAUCUUUGACUGUUUUGUCAAGUGACAAGAAUUUUGACCAUUAAGUCUAAAUUGACUCUUUAUUUUGAACUA